AUUUGGGGUACGAGAUUAGCCAAUCAGAGGCUCCGCUGACUCUACUUUCAGGCUAGCAUAAGGUAGCUGUUUGCAAGGACGCCAAAAUGACGAUGCCACAACUGUUGAACCCCACUUUUUCCAUCCACUGCUGUACUGAGUUUACUUCCUUCUUUUUUUGCACCUUUCUGGAGAAAACAACAGUUUAAUUGACUUAUCGGCUCAUUCACAGUGUCUCAUAUUCACUGACGUGCAGAAAUACAUAACUGUGAUGUGAACAAAGGGAACAAGAUGUGCAAUUUGACGCUGUGUCCAACCUUGUGCUGAUGAAGCUUUUAUGUGAAUAUGUGGCGUUUAUACUCGGAUCUGUGUUGCAUUAAGUGACAAGAUAAAACAGUUGAAUUAUAUUAUAUUUUAGGUGAAUAGUUGUGUUAAAGAAGUGUCAUUGGGCCAGAUCUCUGCAGAGAACCUUGACUGUACAGUAAAAGUGGCUUAUAUAGAGAUGAGAGUCAAAGGACUGGGAUCAUUGUAUUUACACGGCUGGAUAAAAAAAGAAGAUUUUUGUCUUCUUAGAUCUGAACCGGAUGAAAAUUUCAACACCUCGAACACAACUAGAGGGCUUAUGAAAGGCCCAGAGGCUGCAAAAUUCAGAUUUCAAGUGCUCGGUGUGGGAUUUUAAAGAGAGAGAAAAAGAGAGAGAGAGGAUUUCUUGACCUCCUCGCGCUCACAGAUUCAUGAGGCAGCUCUAUUGAUUUAAACAGGUGUAAAGGGCGUUUCCUGCCACGGAAAUUCAAUCAUGUCAGAGGGACACCGGGUUAUUGCACUAGACACCGCUCCCAUAGAAGACUUUUAUGUCAGGGGGGGCUGGAGAAAACAUUCAUUUUUCUCUCACUUUAUAGUCCCGGAGAAGGAAACAGUGAAGAGAUCCUGAACAGUUUCCUCAGAGAUCAUCGUCAAAAAAGAUAAAGCACCAAAAAUCGAGAACAUUUUAUUCCUCGAAAACAUCUACGAAGAGCUGGAAUUCACAUUCAGCUCAGUAUUGGAGGUUUAAUAUAUUCACGAUCUGUGCUCAUCCUCCUUGAGAAAUCCAAUGAUGGAGUUCUUUCCUCUGUUGACUCGGCUAAUUAAGUUUAAAAAAAAAAGUUUCAUAAUCACAUCAACACUGGUAUUAAUUUAACUCUUCAGCACGAUGUAGUCGAAACAUCCGGUGAAAGUUUUCGUAUUUUCAACAUUGUACCCUAAAGUCCUUUAAGGUCUAAGGGUUUUUUUGUGUGUGUGUGUGUGUGUUUGCAUGUUCUCCUAGGUGAGCAUGCUCAGACUAAUUUCAAUCCCUUUUGUGAAUGGCUGAUUACCACAAUCUGAGGCUUAAGUGCAGGCAGGCAGCAGGGCUAAGUCCUUCAGAUUGAGCGGCAACACAGGGCGAAGGAGUCGGCAUGGCCCAGAAAAACAGCAGUAAGUUUGACGUUCUGAUUGUUUUAAUUAUUAGAUGUUUAUUUCAUGCUGCUGAUUAUGAACAGCAGCACUUAAAAGACAGCUAGGGGUGUGAAUUAUUGUACGGCUUUACUCUGUAAAUAUAAGCGUUUGUUUGUUUGUUUAUGGCUUUCUCACCUCGCUUUCAUUGUCAUUGUUGGCACUUUAACACCAGUUUAUUGAUUUAUACUCUGUAUGGCACGUAUUUAUGAAGUGUAGAAGAGAAACUAUGUCAUAAUCAUCACUGUUAUCAGGUCUUGUUGUCAUGCCGAAGUUGCAGGUUUUAUUUUACACCAAGUAGAGUUAAUUCACAAAUAAAAAGAGGCAUUGAUUGAGAAUUUUUCCUCUCCAGCAGCAUGUUACGUGAGCGUACUGAGCCUUGUUGUGAAACCGGGAGGAAUUUCUCAUUGCAAAACAGAGAGAUUAGUCUCACUGAGCCCCCUUUCUCUCCCUCCUUCUCCACCCGAACACACAGCUGAGUUCUCCAUCAGGAAGUUUAGCCUCUCAGAUGAACCCGUGAUCCGCUCGCUCUUCCGGGAUGGGAUACUCGAACAUGUCUACCCGGCUUUCUUCAGGGCCAUGAGCCACCCGGACCACAUUGGCAUCGCCCUGAGCAUCUGCAUGGCUGGUUACGUACUCGGGGGCAGCUCUUACUUCCAGGCUCUCCUCUUUGGCAGCGCGUGGGCCGGCCUCAUUUACUACAGCUGCCACGAGAUCUACGAAGGCUACGUGUUGAGGAGGCUGCGCUUAGACAUGGCUGACAUUCAAGCGCACUACCUGGAAAACCCUGAUAACGGUUUGUGGGUGGCGGAGGCUGACGAUAAGGGCAAAUCCAAGGUGGUGGGGAUGGUGGCGGUGACGGGGAAAAGACCGGCGGAAGACGCUGAAAGGUUUGACGACUGCAACGGGAGCGUUUUCGCAGGGGCGGAGUUCGGCCGAGAAGCUGGAGACGGGAGUUACGGCGAGCUGUCCCACUUGGUGGUGUUUUAUCCGUGGCGGCGUAAAAACCUGGGUGCCCGUCUGAUGGGGCAGGCCCUGGAUUUCUGCAAAGAAAGAGGCUUCUCACGUCUCAUCGCGGAUGUCAGCUCGCCGCAGGCCGCCUCCGUUUCCCUCUAUCAGAAGUUUGGUUUCAUUCAAACUUCGUCACACAGAAACACGCACACCAACCGCAUGUUCUCCAAACUGGCCAGAAUAAAUGUGAUGCAGAUGGAGAAGUUCAUUUAACGCUAAAUGGACGAUGACAUACUGAUUCUUCCACCUAUGAAAAAAAACAAACAACACUUUGUCACAGCGCUUUGUGUCCCAUAAUGCACGAACGUUAAACAUUCCAAUCCAAAUUAUGAGCAAUUUAAGUUGACAUAAAAAAAAAAAAUGGUGAAGACGCAGUUAGGUUGAAGUUUGGGGGCGAACGCGUCUAAAUGUUACCUAGAAGGCUGAGGUUUGAGACCAAAAGUGAACUUUGCAUUACAGCUGUCAUAAUACAACCAGUUAUGACUAAAAAUGUUGUUUUAAAAAUAUAAAAAAUUGAUUUCGUGUUAAAAAAAUAGGUUGUAACAUGGUUGGGGGCAGUCAUACCUUUUUAUGUUUGUUACUGUGCAUCGUAAAUUAGGAAGAAGAAGAGGAGGAAGCAGCAGAAGACGAUUCAGUAACUAGGGAUGUCCUGAUCUGGUCCGAUAUCAGCCAAAACACAAACAUCGGAUUAUAUCGACUAGCACCUCUAUCUAGCAGUGCCCGGAUCCAGCAUUCAGAGCUCAUGUAAUCACAACAACAGUGUGUACUAAUGUACUUACCAAGUAGAAAGGAGUAGGAGUGAUGUCGGCCAUGUGGCAGUAUUUUUCGUUAAAGUCCGAAAAAGACAUUGCAGCUGAGUACAAAACUUGCUAUGCACAAGUUUGCGCUAAUAUCGGAUUAAUAUCGCCAAUACUGAAAGCUACAAUAUCGGAAUGAUAUCGGAAGUAAAAGAGUCGUACUGGGACAUCGUUAUCAGUAACCAGGUAGCUAGUCAGCAUCAAUUACAGCGCUCUAGUUAAAGGUACAGUUUAGUCCAAAAGCGUUUUUUCUUUUUCCUUAGUUUUUCACAAAUUUACCGUUAUCGCACAGUUAUUGUACAUCACUGUCUAAAGCUGCUCAUCUUGUUAUACGUCCAAAAAUGCGUUUUUUUUGUACCUUAGACCCUAAAAUCCUUCCUUGAACCUUUAAUCGUGCUGAGUUUGAAUACAAAUCUUUGUAGAUCUGAAUGAGACUCAAAUCAAGUGUGACAAAGUGUGUGUUUUUGGCGACAUGGGACGAGGACCGUGACGGACACAACCUGGACUGUACAGCACAUGAAGAGUAUUCCCAUUAAUUUAAGCUUCUUGUCUUAUUUACUGCAAAAAUCUGCCUGUUGUGUGAGAUUCAGUCCUUCAUAUCUCUGUCUUGAUCUCAUAGUAGGAGAAAAAAAUAUUAAAUUUCGUGUUUUUCCACAAUGCAGUAUUAACGA